AUGACAAACAAAAAUUGUUUGGAAGCCUUGGAUCGAUCAUUACAAGACAUUUGUAGCAACAAUGCUCCAUUUGGUGGAAAAGUUCUGAUCAGGGGGGGGGGGGGAUUUCGUCAAGUUCUUCCUGUUGUAAGAAAAGGUACUAAGGCACAAAUGAUUUCAGCGUGUAUUGUUCAGUCUCAUUUAUGGAAUCAUACCAAGAUUUUGCGUUUGCGUCAAAAUAUGCGAUCAUUGCAUGAUCAAGAGUUUGCAGAAUUUCUUAUUCGCAUUGGUGAUGGUGUUGAACCUACCAAACCAGAUGACAUGGUGAGGUUACCUUUACAUAUUGCAAUCCCAUGGGAAGGUGAACAUUCCAUACAGGUACUUAUCCAACAUAUUUUUCCUAAUUUAGAAUUGCAUGGUUGGGAUGCCCCAUAUAUGGUACAAAGAGCUAUUUUGACACCAACAAAUGAUGAUGUCCAGAAAUUGAAUGAUAUGAUUAUCGAUCAGUUUCCAGGAGAAGAACAUAAUUUGUUAUCGUUUGACGAGGUUGAAGGAGAUAAUCAUAAUUUAUACCAGCAAGAAUUCUUAAACUUAAUUGCACAAGGUAGUUUGCCACCACAUAUUCUAAAGAUAAAAAAGGGUGCACCAUUGAUGUUAUUACGAAAUCUAGAUCCUAGAUAUGGAUUGUGUAAUGGGACCCGGUUAUUAUGUCGUGGUUUAUUUAUGAAUAUGUUGGAUGUGGAAAUCCUAACAGGAAGCAACGCAGGAAAACGUGCUUUUUUGCCUAGAAUUAAAAUAAAAACAUCUGCAAGUGAUGCCAAACUAGAACACGAUGAAAUCUUUCAAUUAUGUAAGGAUUUGAGACGAAAGAAUGUUGAAACUUGCUUCAACAUGAAAAUAACAGACUUUGAAGAUAAAUGGAACACAUGGAAGGAUGAACAAAGUAUUUCAUCCAUCGACAAACUCGACAAUAAGUUUUUUAAAUCUCAAGAGCGCAUUGAUAAAGGGAUGUACGAAGAAUUGAUUCGAAUCUUUAUAAGUAUAAGGAAAUUGUUACUAAAUUCCAUUAUUGCUGUAACCGUUUCUUCUCAUCCUAAUUCUAGAGUGUGA